AUGAGUAAGGAGGAUGUUUUAUCUAUCCGUGGCGAUGACGACGUGGAUUCUUUAGCCGGCGAAUUGAGAUUGGGGCCCACUUCGACUCCAAGGCAAGGGCAAGGCGAGGCGAGCAGUUCGGUUGGGCUGACUGAUGCUCAGGUGGACAAGGUAGUGGAAGCAUUGUUGGCGAGGGGGCUAACUGACAAGCUGGUGAAAGCAGCCAAGCGGCAGGCGGCUGAGGUGGCUGUCAAUUUAAGAGCGAACUCUCCAGGUGUGGCGAGUUCUUCGAAAGAAUCGACGACGGCGAUAGGCGAGGGGGUAAGUAAACGGGGUUUUACUAUGGCGGCGGAGAUGGUGGAGCGGUUCGACCCGGAAGAACCUGAUUGCGAUGUGGUCAGGUGGUUAAAUAAAAUCGACCAGCUGGGCCAUAUCCAUGGCUGGAGUGGCUACGAGCGUAGCUUUAUGCUGCAAACGAAAUUAUCCGGCGCGGCGAGGGCAUGGUUCAGGAGGUUGGAGUCAUACGAUCACUCGUGGGACCAGUGGAAGAGUUUUUUGGCGGCGGCGUUCCCAAGGAGGCGAGAUUUCCACGAAAUGCUGGCGGAAAUGUUCAACCGGCAGAAAUUGGCCUCUGAGACAAUGACCACUUAUUUCCACAGCAAGCUUGAUCUGUGUGGGCGGGUAAGCAUUACUGGUGAGGCGGCGGUUUCUUGUGUGAUUGCAGGACUUCCAAAUGAGUUAAGGGCGGGUGCAUAUAGUGUGUGCAGCACCACUCCGCAACAGUUAUACAACACCUACUUGGCGGGGUUGGACAACUACCAGGUGGGAAGGCCUUCGACCAGGGUGGCGGCUCCUUUUGCAGGAAAACCAUCCUCCAGGUACGGCGAACCGACGGCGAUGGCGGCGGCGACGAUGACGGCAAAGAGGCGGCUUCCAGCGGACCCUGUAAGGUGCUACAACUGCCAAGAGCUGGGAAACCAUUUUAGUCGGGACUGUCCCAAGGCUAAAGUGGAGAGGUGCAGGCGAUGCGGCGAGACGGGGCACAUUGCGGUGGACUGUUCAAGGAAGCGCGGGCGAGUCGAAACUCAUGUAAGACUUUUAGUUGAACCUAAUGAUGCUACUUUUAGGCAAACCGUAUAUGUUAACGGCGAGGCGAUAAGGGCGUACAUCGAUACGGGGAGCCAGCAAAAUUUAAUAUCGGCGAAGACGGCGUAUAAGUUGGGACUACCAGUUGACCAACUAGGUGGCGGCGUUGCACUAUGUGGCUUUGGCGGUGGUGUGGCGCUAAGUUUGGGAAAGGUCAAUUUCGAGGCGCUAAUUGGCGAGUCUGACCUUCAACUUACGGCGUUGGUCACGGAUGUGGAUCUGGGCAGGAUUGAGCUACUGAUUGGACAACCGGCACUUCAAAUUCCUGGCGUUACGUUGGUUGUUCGCUCCGGGAAGGCGACGUUGGUAAGAAGCGAAAACUUGUGUGACGUUUUUAGGCAUCUGAACAUCGACGUAGAGGCACCAAGGCGCAAAAUGGUCCUAAGCGAAGAUUUUGAGUGUGGGCAAGGCGAAACGGCGCAAAUGAAGGUGGAGGUGGAAGGCGGCCAGCCAGGUGAGGCUGUAUAUUGCGAGCCCCUUCUGAUCAAUGACGGGCGCAACACUGUGGCGAUUCCGGCGACUGUUUGGCGAGAUGGCGACAAAUUGACGUGUAUGAACCUAGGCGUCCAACCCUUAAGGUGGUCCAAGGGGCGGGUGGUGCGGCGGAUGAAUCCAUGCAAAACUGCAGUAAUUGGCGGCAGAGCUCAGGAAGGCCGAAUGUUACAUCAGCGCGGUGCAAAGUCCGGCAACAGUGUGCGCGGGAGAGACUUUGACCAGCGACGCGGCGAUCGGGCGAACAGGUGAUUUGAGCCGGCGAAUGUGUAUAGGCGUGCGAAUACAU